GCCCUCUCUCACCACAGCCCUGCCGCCACCCCUGCGAUUGCGAUACUUGGUUUCCGUUAGCGUUCCUCGCACGACAUUCGCGCAGCAGCGCUUGUACUAGUAAUACCUGUUUCACGACCUUUUACCCACUAUGGGCCGGUGGACCCAGUAUGAUGAGGAUGAUUACCGCUUGCCAGAGGGCAUGAAGCGUGUGGGCUAUGAUGCAGACACACAGAAAUAUACUUUCAGAGAUCAGGACGGUGUCUAUUGGGAAGGUCCCGAGGGCGCGGAAUAUGGGGAGCUCAGAAAAGUUGGACAAGAGUCGCGCAGCAGCGCUGACCUUGAAGCUACGGCACCUUCAAGGGAAGAUGGCUACGCAUCAGUUCCUGAAUUGGUCGGAGGCCGGACCCUUCGUGACCGCAACAGGGAUGCAUGGCGCCAGCUUUUGCCAUUCUUCUUAAUCAUCGCCGUCUUCCUCUUAUUGGUCUUCCGUCUGUCCCCAUCAUUCAUCAAACCACGUCAGAUAUCGUGCCCGGAGCACAGCAGACCAAUGGUCGUCAAAUCUGGCGAUACGUGCUGGGAUAUAGCCCAAGAAUACGGGACGUCGCUGGAAAACCUACGGUCGAUUAAUCCGCACAUUAACUGCUCCACAUUGAAGCCGGGACAGAGGAUGUGUGUUCCCAUGGACGACUGAGUAGGAAGGUCGUCUCACUUGGCAUUUUUUUCUUUUUCCUUCCGCAAACAGUAUGAAUGAUUAUGACCGAGCAUUGAAUAUUCCAUCAUCAUUAGUCUCCUCUACUCAUUGUAAUAUACGUAUAUACGUUGUAUAAUAUUACGAUCACUUCGUCGC